AUGGGCAAUUGCUGUGCGUCCCCCGCGGCGGCGGGGGCGGGGGGAGGAGGAGGAGGAGGAGGAGGUGGUAAGCAGCGGGGGAGGAAGAAGAACAAGAACAGGGACAAGGCGAAGGGGAAGAAGCCGAACCCCUUCUCCAUCGACUACAGCAGGGGGCCCGCGGCGGCCGCCGGCGUGCCGAGGAUCACGGUGCUGAAGGACCCGACCGGCCGCGACAUCGCGGGGCGCUACGAGCUGGGCCGCGAGCUCGGCAGGGGCGAAUUCGGCGUGACCUACCUGUGCACGGACAAGGUCAGCGGCGAGGGCUACGCCUGCAAGUCCAUCUCCAAGAAGAAGCUGCGCACGGCGGUGGACGUGGAGGACGUGCGCCGGGAGGUGGACAUCAUGCGCCAGCUGCCGCCCCAUCCCAACAUCGUCAGCCUCAAGGACACCUACGAGGACGACUACGCCGUCCACCUCGUCAUGGAGCUCUGCGAGGGAGGGGAGCUCUUCGACCGCAUCGUCGCCAGGGGCCACUACACCGAGCGCGCCGCCGCCGAGGUCACCCGCACCAUCGUCGAGGUCGUCCAGGUAUGCCACAAGCAUGGAGUGAUGCAUCGAGACCUUAAACCGGAGAACUUCUUGUUUGCUAGCAAGAAGGAAAAUUCCCCUUUGAAGGCCAUUGACUUCGGGUUGUCUGUCUUUUUCAAGCCUGGUGAACGCUUUACUGAAAUUGUAGGCAGCCCUUAUUACAUGGCUCCGGAGGUUCUGAAACGAGAUUAUGGCCCAGAAGUCGAUGUUUGGAGUGCAGGAGUAAUCCUUUAUAUUCUUCUUUGUGGUGUACCACCAUUUUGGGCAGAAACUGAGCAGGGUGUAGCACAGGCCAUUAUACGUUCAGUCAUAGAUUUUAAAAGAGAACCAUGGCCCAGAGUUUCUGAUAAUGCUAAAGAUCUUGUCAAACGGAUGCUCGAUCCAGAUCCAAAGCGGCGGUUAACGGCACAAGAAGUGCUGGAUCAUCCUUGGUUGCAGAAUGCAAAGAAGGCUCCAAACGUCUCCCUAGGUGAAACUGUUCGAGCAAGACUCCAACAAUUUGCUGUGAUGAACAAGUUCAAGAAGAGAGCGCUGCGGGUUGUAGCUGAGCAUUUAUCAGUGGAAGAAGUAGCCGACAUAAAAAAUAUGUUUCAGAAGAUGGACAUACACAAUAAUGGUACAAUAACAUUCGAGGAGCUGAAGUAUGGUCUUCGUAAGCUUGGACACCAGAUUUCUGAUGCAGAUGCUCAAAUUUUAAUGAAUGCUGCAGAUGUUGAUGGAAGUGGAACCUUAGAUUAUGGAGAAUUUGUUGCUGUGUCUAUACAUUUGAAGAAGUUGGGAAAUGAUGAGCAUCUACGCAAAGCUUUUGCAUACUUUGAUCAGAAUAGGAGUGGGUACAUAGAGAUUGAAGAACUCAGGGACUCCUUGGCCGACGACUUGGGUCCAAAUCAUGAGGAAGUUAUCGAUGCAAUUAUCCGUGAUGUGGAUACUGAUAAGGAUGGGAAGAUAAGCUAUGAAGAGUUUGCAACUAUGAUGAAGGCAGGAACUGAUUGGAGGAAGGCAUCCAGACAGUACUCGAGAGAGCGCUUCAGCAGCCUUAGCUUAAAGCUGCAGAAGGAUGGAUCAUUGCAGGUAGCAGCAAACUAGGGCAGACAAAAAGAGAUGAUAUAGAAACUGUGAACCGCAAUUGAAUAUUUCAGUUGCCUUUUUUCGCCAAUACAACAAAUUCUUUUCUAAUAUUUCUCAUUUGGGACCUGAUUCAUUUUGCGCCCUGCUUUUUCUAAGCUAGCUGAUGGUCAAAGGCUUGUUUCGCGUGUUUAAAGUCCUACAGAGUUAUUGUGUUAUGUGUAACAUUUCAUUUCAGAAUGUAUAAAAGGGCAAAGGAAAAGAAAUGAAAAAGGAAGAGCUCAAUAUUGUAAAUAUAUCUGUCUCUAUAAUCUAAUUAGCAGGAAGCGUGUGCUUGUUGUGGUUA